UUCUUCCCUACAAAGCCUCUCAUAUAAAUUUAGUUCUCUCUCUCUCUCUCUCAAUUUCUGAUCUCACCUAUAACUCCCUUUUCACUUGAUAAACCUUUAGGCUACACACAAGCUAGAGUGGCAGUAUAUCUGUGAAAAUGUUGUCUGCGAAAGCUAGUCAUGACUCCCAUGGACAAGACUCUUCCUACUUUCUAGGGUGGCAAGAGUAUGAGAAGAAUCCAUAUCACGAUGUGCAUAAUCCAUCUGGGAUUAUUCAGAUGGGACUUGCAGAGAAUCAGCUUUCUUUUGACCUUAUUGAAUCUUGGAUAGCAAGAAAUCCGGAUGCGGUUGGGUUGAAGAAGAAUGGUGCAUCGAUAUUCAAAGAAUUGGCUCUCUUUCAAGACUACCAUGGCUUGCCUGCUUUCAAGAAUGCAAUAGUGAAGUUUAUGGCUGAAAUAAGAGGAAACAAAGUAAAAUUUGAUCCCAACAAGCUUGUGCUCACAGCUGGUUCAACUUCUGCUAACGAGACUCUAAUGUUUUGCCUUGCUGAGCGAGGCGAUGCAUUCCUUGUCCCUACGCCAUACUAUCCAGGAUUUGAUAGAGAUCUUCGAUGGCGGACUGAAGUUGAAAUCGUUCCAAUACAUUGCUCAAGUUCAAACGACUUUCAGAUUACCAUGCCUGCAUUAGAAAAAUCUUAUCAAGAAGCCCAGAGACUUGACUUGAAAGUUAAGGGGGUAUUGAUCACGAAUCCUUCAAACCCCUUAGGGACAACAAUGACCCGCGAUGAGCUUAACCACCUCAUUAGUUUUUGCACGGCCAAAAAUAUUCAUAUAGUAAGUGAUGAAAUUUAUUCAGGCACAGUUUUUGACUGUCCUAAGUUUAUAAGCAUCACAGAGGCCUUGAUGGACCGACACCUGGAAAAUACAGAUAUAUGGAGCCGCAUUCACGUUGUUUACAGUCUCUCAAAGGAUCUGGGCCUACCAGGUUUUCGAGUUGGCAUGAUUUACUCCAACAAUGAAACAUUAGUUUCUGCCGCGACCAAAAUGUCAAGUUUUGGUUUGAUUUCUUCCCAAACUCAGUAUCUACUCUCGGGCAUGCUUUCUGAAAGCAAAUUCACUAACAACUACAUGGAGAAAAAUAGCAAGAGACUAAGAAAGAGGAAAGAAAUGCUUGUUUCUGGCCUUCAAUCCGCAGGAAUCAAGUGUUUGAAAAGCAAUGCCGGCUUGUUCUGCUGGGUGGACAUGAGACAUCUCUUAAGCUCUCAGACCUUUGAAGCGGAAAAGGAGCUUUGGAAGAAGAUUUUAUUUGACGUUGGGUUAAACAUCCCUCCUGGGUCAUCUUGCCAUUGCUCGGAGCCUGGCUGGUUCAGAAUUUGCUUUGCAAACCUCUCUGAAGGGACUCUCAAAGUUGCAAUGAAACGUAUCAAGAACUUCGUAGACAACAACUACCAGGAAAUGGUCUGUGAUCAAAGAUCAAUCAUCUAUAAGUGGCUCUCCAAAAUAUUAUCAUACAAUCAUGAAGCUGACCGUUAUUAAGUUCACUGAUGUGAAAACAUAAUUUUUCUAUAUUAAUAGCUAGCAAGGAUAUGAACGAGCAGACAUUUUAACGUGUUAAAGUUGAUUACUUACAAAAUCCGUUAAUAAAACCAAGGUAAUUACUUCUAGUGUA